AUGGCUGCCAUGACCCAGUUCUUCAAAUUGCCUGCCGAAGAAAGAGCACAAUACUUUACCACAGAUCACUCCAAGCCGAUAAAGCUUUUCAACUACUACCUCAAGCUUGAAGGUGAUCAACAUCAAAAGGAGAUUGGUGCAUUGGUGAAAAGGCUUUUGGUAUUGAUAUCCCAAGGGCUUGGCCCAGAGGAGGACUGCUUACAGAAGAAAUUGGGUGAGAAUCCUACUCAAAAAGCACAAGGAAACUACUAUCCACCAUGUCCUGACCCUGACCUCACACUUGGACUAUCUGUCCAUAGUGAUCUCAAUGCACUCACAAUACUUAGGCAAACAGAGGGAGUGACUGGCCUUCAAGUACUGAUCAAAGAUGAGAAAUGGGUUGCUGUUGAUCCUCUCCCAAGUGCCUCUGUUAUCAAUCUAGCAAUUCAAGGACAAGUCAUAAUUUCCGUCAAUUUCUUUCACGAUGUCACCUCCAUGUGUACCUCACGUAGAGGAGUUUUGAGUAAUGGAAGGUAUAAGAGCGUGCACCACAGGGCAGUGACCAACAAAGUUGAGCCAAGGUUGUCAAUAGCAAUGCUCUAUGGACCCAGCAACACGGUGAUUGGUCCAAUUGAGGAUUUGAUUGACGAGGAACACCCUCCAUUGUACCGGAGCUAUAAGUAUGCAGAGGUUUUUUUGAAGAAUUCUACAAGCAAGAAGGAAAAAGAAGAUUGGUGA